AUGGCGCCGGACGACAAGCCAGUCAGGGUAAUCACGGUUCUUACCAACCAUGUAGCUAUCAAGAAACUUCCUCGCGCGACGUACUACCUAUACACGGGGAUCGUUUCGCGUGGCAAGCAAGGAGAAUGGCGAGAAGAGAAGCACAGCGAGAAGCGAAUUCGUGUCAUCGACCGCCUGCAGGAGAAGGUCGCCCCUCAGGUCUUCGUCAACUGCGUGUUCGACGGCAUGAGCCUCCUGUUCGUGCCGUAUGUAUUGGCAUUGCCCGGAGGGAAUAGUGGCAGGUUAUCCGUCAACAUGGGCAGCGGCCCCACGCCGUCUCCCAACGCGGAGUACAGGGUCACCAUCACCAGGACCGCACAUCCGGGUAUCAAGACGGCGGACGUUGAGGACCUGAUCAAGAAGAAUAGAGGCGCCCCAAGCGUGCAAGCCUUUCAAGUUAUCAACCUCUUGCAAUUGAUUAUUCGUCAACACUCGAACAAUUUGAUGAAACCCGCCGUCAAUGCGAAGGCGUACUUUACCAGCAAGGAUAGGCAUGUUUUCCAGGGCACGCCAGUCGAGCUUUGGCGAGGAUAUUUUCAGUCUGUCCGCCCUACGAUUGGUCGCUUGCUUAUCAACAUCGACACGACUGUCGCGCCAUUCAUCGCCCCAGGCGGCGUCAUCGACUUCAUGCUGAACAUCAUCGGCUCGAACAACGUCGCGCAUCUCGCCAUUCCCGAGACUCAUCCGAACUUCCAGAAGCUCAACCGUGCUCUCAAGAACUUACAGAUCACGGUCAAAUUCAACAAGGCGCCCACCAAGAUCAUUCGUGGCCUGGAGCCGCGCGCUGGCCACUUCACAUUCCAUAACGACCAGAAAGGGCGAAGCAUGUCCGUUCAGUCGCACUAUCAUCGCGCGCAUGGAUAUAGGAUGGCUUACCUAGACAUUGUCGGAUUGCGCCUCACGGGCCCGAGCGCGCCCAACCCGGUCAUCGUUCCUGCGGAGCUCUGCACCCUCAAGCCCUUCCAAUUCUACAAGCGGAAACUGGACGAGAAUAUGACGGCUCAGACAGUCAAAUUCGCCACCCUGAAGCCUAAAGAGCGGAAAGACAAGAUUUUGAAAGGCCUUGGAGGAGGUGUCGACUCUCCUAUUCAGCACUACCAGCAGUCAUCGUACAUCCAGGCAGCCGGGAUGGUAAUUGGUCAAGAGCUAGAGCAAGUACAAGGAAGAAUGCUCCCUCCGCCUACACUCCUUUACGAUCAACCUGCGAUUUACGCCCAGCAGCCACACAAGCGGCCCUUCGAGGUUCCUCGAGGUGGCGCGUGGAACAUGGUCGGCAAGAGGGUUGCUAAACCACGCCACCUGAGCAACUGGGCUUCAGUCAACUUCGCGCCUGCCAUAUCCGACGGGCGCGCGGCCGACUUCAUCAAACGUCUGGCUGACGCUUGCCAGAAGCUGGGCAUGGGCGUCGACCCGCCGGCCAUAAGCCAUCCAAUCAAUGGAGAUGGUAUGAACCCCGAGAAGUAUCUAGACGAAGCGUAUUGCCGGCUGGAUCGUAAGAAGGCCCCGCUGCUCCUGAUAUUCCUGCCGCAAAAUGCGAAGGGCAUUCGCCAGCGCGUCAAGCACUGGGGCGACAUUGUCCGCGGUGUGAUCACACAGUGCGUCCGUGAGUCGAAGGUGAAGGGAGCGAACGAUCAGUAUUUCAAUAACGUUGGCAUCAAGCUCAACGCUCGCCUUGGUGGUAUGAGCGCGGAGGUUCGGUCUCCAGUGAUGGACCUCCUGCAAAAGAAGACGACCAUGAUCGUAGGAGCCGACGUCAGUCAUCCUGGCCCUGGGCAGACGCGUCCUUCGAUGGUCAGCCUCGUCUACUCGCACGACAGAGAUGCGGCGCGGUUCAACGCAAUCAGCGAUAUACAAGACGCGCGAACGGAGCGCAUCGAGAACAUGCGCGAUUACGCGUAUAGGGCUAUCCAGGGCUUCGUCAAGAUGAACAACCGAGAGGACCUGCCUAUCAAGCUCUUCCCGCAACGUGUCGUGUUCUAUCGAGAUGGUAUCAGUGAAGGGGAGUUCCACAAUGUGGCCGCGCAAGAGGUUGCGGACUUCAAAUCGGGCGUUGACAAGGCUUUGAACAAGUACAAAAGCGCUGGACGAGCACCGCCUGACGCGCCCGGUCCUGAAGUGGCAUACAUCGUUGUUGGCAAGCGACACCAUGUCGUGUUUUUCCCCAGCGACAAGCGGGACGAGGACGGCAAGACCGGAAACCUACCCAGCGGCUUCGUCACCGACCGCGGGCUUGAAAGCCCCUUCGCGCGCGACUUCUUCCUCCAAAGUCAUUCAGCCAUCCAAGGAACAUCGCGUAGCUCGCACUACGUCGUCCUGCACAACGAUAUCCGGGAUUUCGAUGUCGAGCUCUUCAAGCAACUGUCGUUUCAUCUCUGCCAUACGUACGCCAAGGCCACUCGCGCCGUGUCGAUCCCUUCUCCGGUCUACUACGCCGACCUCGCCUGCGCUCGCGGAGCCUUCCACGUCAAUGCGAACUCCCACGUCGACUUCGACAGCGACUCCGGCAACUCCAUCGAUAUGGCGCUCUGGCGCUCUGACUUCCAGCCGCCCCAGAAGCACAUCGGCCAGACGAUGUACUUCCUGUAA